AUGCUCCAGGUGCAGUCCAAGAAGCCAUUGUUGCCAGAAAGGAGACCAGCCUCCAAGCGGGGUCGCAUGCCACCUCCACCAUCAUUGGAUGGCGGUUCAGCACACCGAAGCCGCCGCCUCGACCCUACAUGCCCUCAGGCCUUUGGUGGCUUCCUGGAUUUCCUGACUGAGGGCCAGAUACUGGACAGCCUGCAGUUAGUGGUGGAACAGGCAACAGAGCGUAUGGCUGCCAUGAAGACAAACACUGGGGUGCCAUUGGUGGAGGUGCAGGACCCUGUGGAAGCGCCGACUCCUGUGCAGCGACCCAGGACCCGACCAAGUUUCAGCACUGUGCACAAGCACCGUGCUCAACCCACCCUCUGCACUGGAUACCUCAACAAUUACCCAUCCUGCUCCAGCUCCGUGUCUGAUUCCCGUAACAGCCUCAAAGCUGGCUGGCUGGGCUUCCGAGACGGUGACUUGGAUGGUCAAGGCUUGGGCUCACUGCCACCAGUAAAGGACAAACUCCUGCUGGAGAAAAGCCUCAAGAGAUUGCAGCGACUGGAGAACAAAGGGAGAUGUAUGAAUCAACGCUACUCCCAGAGGGACUCCCUGCUGUGGAACCCACCUACCCACAGCCAAUGGAGGGGGCAGCCCCUGCCCUGGUUCUCAGAGCUGCUGGGCUCCAGAGCAGACACCUCUGGGGCAUCAGACAUGGGAUCUGAAUCUCCCAAACGAGAAUUCAAGAAGGAAAUGAAGUCAUUGCUGAGCCAGCCAGCAUCCUUUGAUCUGCCAGUCUACUGCCCGAUCCGUGAACCUCAUCAUACUUUGGACUUCCUGGCCAAGCAUCACCUCUUCCCAGCCUUGCAGAGUGUGGUCAGCCAGGCUGUGGAAAAGCUCAGCAGUGCCCAUUGCCACAAUGGCAUCCCUCUCUUCCAUGGGAACUUGGAGCCCAGUCCAAGGCUCCCAGUUACCAGUCUGCUGCAGGCAGACUCUAAGAUGGCUGUACCCACCAACAAAGAGGAGGUUGAUUCCUUUCCCACCAGAACCUCCAGCCCCAAGACACCUCAAAGAAAAAUCAAGACCAGACGGGUCUCCCCCGUAUCUCCUGCCCACCAGAUGGUCAGCAGAUUCAGGCCCAAGGUGACACCCACAGAAGAGCCCAAUAGCACCAGCAGCAGGUUCUUAAAGAAGAAACCACUGCCCUCCAUCUCGUCCGAGCCAAGCAUAGCCAACCCUUGGCAAGAGGAACUCACCGAUCUUUUGACUGAACAAGCUGUAUCCUUGCUCAUCUAUAAGUACAAAUUUGAGGACAGUCUCAACAAGCAACUUGGCUUCAUCUCCUUUCCUGUCACUGAGACUUUCAUGGAUAUCCUCCUGGGCUUCAAGAAGGUGAAGGAUUCCCACAUCUGCCUGUCCUCAAACAUUGACUGGAAAUGCCUGUUACGCAAACUGGAGGCAACUGAAUUAGAACAGCAGGCCUUGAGGCAGGCCUCCAAGCAGUCCUCCAAGCAGGCCUCCAAGCAGUCCUCCAAGCAGACCUCGAAGCAGGCCUCCAAGCAGACCUCCAAGCAGACCUCAAAGCAGGCCUCAAAGCAGGUCUCGAAGCAGGCCUCCCAGAUAACAGCUGACCUGCCUGACACCUCCGAUGUUACUACUCAGCAGGAAACCACUGCAAGCAGCCCAGAGUCCAUGCACCUGCUUGCUCCAGGCACUGAAAGCCAAGAACAGGUUGACAGUGAGUCCCACCUCUCCCUCCACGAAUUCCCCAUUUUCCAGCUGCUUAGUCCUCGGGGAUCUGCUGAAGCUGAGGAGCAUCUACCCAUAAACUUGUCAGAGCUCAAUGCCUCUGAGUUCUCCUUCAUCAGCAUGGACUCUAAUGUCCCCAGGUCCCAGGAAGUGGUGAACAUUGAGGACAGUAAAGACAGUGAAGAACAGAAGAACAAGAUUGAGGAUAAGGAAGAAGGAGCCCCUGAGGAUGAGAAUGAGUUCCAUAGUCGCCCUGAGCAUUCAUUGGCCGCCCUGAGCGACACUGAUCAGUACCUUGGAUAUGAGUCGCAGUAA